CGCCAAACAUGUUCUUACAUUUCCGCUUGCCUUUAUUCCAGGGGACAUAGUAACACAGAAAGACAUCACAUCGUCGACUGGGCCUUUCUGGAUCUCCUGCUACCUAGGGAUCUGCAGGUAACAAGGAAAGGAAACGGUCAAGCAUGUCGGCCACGAAUCGACGUCCUUCGCGGAUACCAGAGUCGUGGAUACCUUCCGCCGAACAGUCCUACUAUGCUUAUGCUUUUGUGCUAGCAACACAGGCUUACAAGCUGAGCGACGCGUUGGCUCUGUCACUACGAUCGCUAGAUCCGGCCACCAAGGCAGAUCUACCGACAUCGUCUGUCGCCCAGCUAUUCUCAUACGUCUCUGGCCAUCUACCUAGACAAGGAUCGCUCGCUUCAACCUACCUGGUGAAAUGGUCCUUGUUGGAUGUCGUGACCCUUUCGGUCAUCGGAUCGCUACACAUCCCUGGACUACUGCAGAGUCGAGGCAGGAUAGCCCGCUAUCUCCCGAUCUUUCUACUUGUCAAUGCGAUAUUAUUUGGGCAGAUCGACCUGGGAGCUGUCGUGCUGGCAGUGCUCGGGUGGAUAUGGAAAUUGAUGACGGGUACAAUGGAUAACGUACAGACCUUGACUGAACGAUCGGUCAAGCCCGAUCAAGUCAUAGCAGAGCAGCAGCAUCUGCUAGGGCAUCGGUCCAUCCGGAAAUUAGAGAAUGGAGAUGCUAUCUUCAAUCCUACCGGAGCUACGUUCUGCCUGGAACCCGGUAUUAAGCAGACGGUGUACAUCCCGAUACUGUUCAACAACUCGCAGCCGAGCACCUUGCAGUACGCUGUACGAUCUCCCGAAGAUCUCGUACCAAAAAUGUUCACAAUCAGCGCCAAAGAUCUCGACCAUCCGAAAAAAGCUGCGACGGAGAAGGCGUACAAGCAACGCAAGUGGUACGAAGACGAGGACGUCGUCGUCGAGGCCUCCACCGCUGGUUCUGAUGCGGAACAACUUCGGAUUCGCGAUCAACCGAACCAGAUCGGCCGUUCGGUCAAGGCGGACGACAAGUUCUCGGCUCUGCCUCCCGCCAUCCGAUCUGGCGAAAACCUCUACUAUUUGCCGAUCAAGGCGACCGGAGUCAUCGACCUACUCGGAGUAAAAGACCAUGAUGACUAUGGCUUUACCGUCAAAGCAACAAACGGUCCUGUCAUCGUUGCUGAAUGUCCUAGCGCAGGUCACUUUGUCGAAAGUCCUGAAACUUCAGUGUCAAAGAAGAAGAAAAAGGCAUCAGGACCCAUCGUCCGAUGCGUUGGCGAUUCCGAUGUAGAGACCGUCCGGAUCAAGGGAGCCGGUCCUAUGACCGUGCGAUGGGCGGUAACCAAGCAGGGAGGAGCUACGACACAGCAUGUGAGGCGCGAUAUCGAGCGCGAUAUGCCGAAGGUUCAGGUGGACGGGCAGGACGACGCUGAGAAGCAAAUCAGCAAACGACAACUCAACCUCAAAGCACCAAGGAUAGAUGCCACCCCUUAUGAGCGCAAUGUUGCUCUGACGAUCGACCACUCGGAACCCGGAACGUACGAAGUCCAGGUUCUAUCGGUCGAAGAUGGUUUGCACAACGUACAUCAUCCCGACGUCGAAAAAGCCAAAUUAGUCUACCAAGUCCAAGCUCUACCUACCGCCGGCUUCAGUCCGCGUCAACCUGCUGCUAGCCGUAAAGGCAGCCAUCUCUUCAUGAAGGAGAACGCAAACGUCACUUUGAUGAUCGAAAUCAAGAAGGACGUCAACGCCAAAGAAGCCGUCAUCGAACUGCAAUACGAGCCCGAGCCGGGCACCAAGCACCUUGCUCGCACGGAAAACCUGACGGAUUCGCGCAAUGUGUUUGGACAUACUGUCUACCGACCGGGAACGUAUUCUCUACGCCAAAUCUCAGCUGGAAGGUGUCAGGGGUCCGUCAAGGGACUGGCCUCGCUCGUUGUACAAGAAGUGCCGCCGCCGAGCAGCCGGAUUGAAUACACUGCGGAGCGUGACUGUGCCGGUGAUACGGGAUUCAGGGCUCACAUCGAAUUCGUUGGAGGCACACCGCCUUACACCGUCAAAUACGCAUCUUACCGCUCUGGCGAAACGCACAAAGAGUACACCAAGUCGAACAUAUACAAGGCAAAGGAGGAGAUCAUUGUCCGGCCGGAUCGACCAGGGAAAUACAUCUUUGUGCCAAUCAGCAUUUCCGACUCGAACUAUAAAGACGUGCCGAUCUCCGCGGAUCGGUUCGAGCAGACGAUAUCUCCUCAGGCCGAGUUCCAUCUCGACCCUCGGCACCAUCGAGGUACAGGUCGCAAGGACAUCUGGACCUGCCAGACCAACACGACCGACGUUCAUUUCACGUUGAAGGGGACGGCACCAUUCAUCGUCGAGCGAGCUGUCAUCUGGCUAGAUCAGUCCGAGACCGCGAACCAGACUUUCGGCAGUGCAGGCAAGCAGAAGAUCUCCGUCACGACCCCUGCCGGACUCGAAAGGGAUGGUGGUCAAUUCUCGGUCUCCCUCACCCGGGUUUGGGAUGGUCAUGGCUGCAUGAUCGCGCUUCCAGAUCAUAACCUCAGCUUCGACGUCAGGACAGAAAGGCCCACCGCGAAGUUCGAUGCGACUGCGGGUGUGCCCUUCUCCAUCGUGGAAGGGUCGUCAGCUGGGGUACCGCUCAAACUGACGGGAACAGCACCAUGGGAGGUUACCUAUCAACGCGAUGGUGAUCGACAGACCGAGACAUUCCGGUCAAAUCACCACGACUCAAUACUGAAGCUGAGAACGGCAGGCAAAUACCACCUUGUGCACGACAAACAUUGCCCAGGUUCGGUACCCCUUGAGACUGCCGAUGUGGAGGUUGAACACAUUCCGCGCCCCGAAGUCGCGUUGACACCGGAGUCUGACGGUUUCAGCUCUGUAUCCCCCCGACGCGAUGCUGUAUGCGCAGGGAAAGAAGACACUGUCAAACUCUUUUUCAAGGGUCAAGCGCCUUUCCGAUACCGCUUCUCACAUACACAUGUCAGAGAAGGCCACAAGACUACACAAACCACGCAUGAUGCGGAGGCGUCAACAUCGCAGAGUCACCUUGCUCUUUCAGUCGUACCCGGCAAACACACCUACGACAUUCUGCAAGUCGCGGAUCGAUCGUAUGACUUCCAGGCCGACAAUAACGUCAAGAAAUCCGGAAUCUCCGUCCAUCAUACUGUACUUGAGCGACCGACGGCCAGUAUGAUCAGUAGAACGACUUCGACGUACUGUCUGCACGACAGCUUGACGCGUGACAAGAACCGGGCACAGGUUGAAUUCAAGGGAAAAGCUCCCUUUGAUAUUCACUUCAGCAUUCAAGGCAAUAGGAGGGGAGCACCAGAGCUUUUCAACAAAACAGGCAUCAAACAGAAGAAGUGGGACUUGGACGUGCCGGACUUCAAGUUCAAAGACGCUGGCACUUACCAAAUCAAGAUUGUCAACGUUUCCGAUGCGAACGGUUGUGCUUGGGAGCCGCCAGAGGAUGAAGACCUAUCGGUUUAUGUCAACGUUGUCGAGCCAGCCAGUGUCAAGGCAAUCACUGAGGGGUCAGACUACUGUGUAGGUGAUACCUUGGAAUAUCUGUUACAAGGAACUAGACCAUGGACAUUAAGCUACAUCUUUGCCGGCAAGAAGCACAAGAUAGAGACGGACAAGCCCAACUUCUCGAGGCUGGCUGAUCGCCCAGGCACCUUUGAGAUCACUUCCGUCUCUCAUCGAAAAGCGGCUCAUUGCGAAAGUCCUAUCCGCGAUAUGAGCACCACAGUCCACCCGCUACCCUCUGCGCAAAUCAAGGACGGGGAAUCAUGGCUGCAUGAAGGCAAUGUUGCGGACAUCGAGAUCACAUUCAAGGGGACACCACCUUUUGCAUUUACCUGGACGCGAUCAACAUGGGUCGGGAAGAAACUCGCUAUCGAGGAUACAGACACGGUCGCUAACAUCGAAGAGUAUAGCUACACCCUCCAAUCUUCAAAGCAGGGAGAGUACGAUGUCAUCGCCGUGUCCGAUCGAUAUUGCCGCGUGGGAUCGGCGGAGAGUGUGACCAAGCGGAAAAGCUUGAAGGCAUAACGGCAACGAUGUACACAUCCAGGCUUCCAGGCGCCGAUAUAAUUUAGCAUAGUCUUUUGGUCUGCACGAUGGCGGAUCGCAUCCUUCGAGCUGAAUGUCAGGCGGUAGUGAGGCCGGUUAUUGAGAGUCGGGGAUCAUAUUAUUUGCUUCCGCGUCAACCGGCUAUCAUAUCCUAUGGCCUGUCGGUCUGUGAUCUGUAUAAAUCACCUUCUAUUGUGCGUGGUCACCCUGAGCGUUCGGUA